AGCGCCCGCCGCCGAAAACAGAAGAUGCGGAGCGCCAGAGCCGCCGCUACUCGGACAUCUGAGCCGCUCGGCGGGCGGGGAAGGUGGGGGGAGGAUCUCCCGCUGCCCAGAGGGCCGCCCCGGGCUGCCCCUGGGUCCUAAACUCCCUGCUCCCGAGCAAACCGGGCCCGGCCUCUCUCCAAAACGCUGCUCACCCCAGCGUCCCGCCCCGUGAGGCCCAGUCUGGGGACAGUCCGAGGUCUGUCUUCACUAGUGCCGCGGCGCUGCGGCCCCCGAAGUCUCUAAGCGUCAAGGGAACGGGCCAAGGGCUGGGAAGGGAUGUCUGAGGGCAGUCCUGACCCCUUGGACAAUGGGCCUAAGAGAGUUAUGAGGACCGACCGCCAGACCGUCAGCGAUCGGGACACGGCCGUCCCGGCGGCCACAGUUUCGCGCGAGGUGGGCCAGCCGCGGUCCAGCAGGAGGCGCUACAAGACUGGCCGAGAACUUCGUACGCAAGUCCGACUCGGCAGCAUCCCGCGCAGCAGGGACCAGGGGAAGGGAGAGAGGAAGAGGGAACUUCGAUCACUGUGAGGGUGUCGGGGAAGGGGCGGUAGGGUCCCGAUCUUGGGGCAGCAACAGAAGAGCCCAAAGCCCGGGAAAAAGAUGGAUCAUGUGAGUGGGACUGAGAGGUUUAUGGAGCUGAGCUCCCGCGGCUGUAAAUCACCCUGCCCUCCCCGGUAUAAAGCGCCCGUCCAUCCCGGCGUUAGAGAGAGGACACACUCGCCGCCCCCUGACCCCCAGCUCAGCGCGGGCUCCCGGCCCAGCCAGUGACCCCUCCAACCUCCUCCAGUCGCCUCUGCCAUGUCCGAGGAGCUGCCCACGGGCCCCAAGGAGAGCCCGCCGGCACCGCGGGCAGCCCCCCGCGAGGUGUGGAAGAAGGGCGGCCGCCUGCUGUCCGUUCUGCUGGCCGUGAACGUGCUGCUCCUCGCCGGCACGUUUGUCAGCGGCGGCGCCUUCAACAAGGUGGCGGUGUACGACACCGACGUGUUCGCCCUGCUCACCACCAUGAUGCUGCUGGCCGUGCUCUGGAUCCUCUUCUACCUCCUUCGCACCGUGCGCUGCCCCGACACCGACGCCGUCCCCUACCGGGACGCGCACGCGGGCCCCAUCUGGCUCCGAGGUGGGCUGGUGCUGUUUGGGAUCUGCACCCUCGUCAUGGAUGUCUUCAAGACCGGCUACUACUCCAGUUCCUUUGAGUGCCAGUCAGCCAUCAAGAUCCUGUACCCUCUCACCCAGGCUGUGUUUGUCAUUGUGCAGACUUACUUUCUCUGCAUCUCCGCUAAAGACUGUGUUCACAGCCACCUGGACCUGACUCGAUGUGGUCUCAUGUUCACGCUCACCACCAACCUGGCCAUCUGGAUGGCAGCCGUGGUGGAUGAAUCGGUUCACCAGGCCCAUUCCCUCAGCAGUCCUCACGGCAACACCAGCCAUACCCGCCUCGCUCUGGAAUUGGAGCGUGCGGGCAGCCCAGUCGGAGAAGACUGCUCCUGCAACACGGCCAUCUGCCAGAUCUUCCAGCAGGGCUACUUCUACCUGUACCCCUUCAACAUCGAGUACAGCCUCUUUGCUUCCACCAUGCUCUACGUCAUGUGGAAGAACGUGGGCAGGCUGCUGGCCUCCUCUACCCGCGGCCACAGCCACACCCCAUCCCUGCUCAGCCUCUUCCGGGAGACCUUUUUUGCCGGCCCGAUCCUGGGCCUGAUGCUUUUCGUCGUGGGGCUGGCCGUCUUCAUCAUCUACGAGGUCCAAGUGAGUGGGGAGAGGGGCCGCACCCAGCAGGCUCUGGUCAUGUACUACAUCUUCAACAUCGUCUGUCUGGGGCUCAUGACCUUGGUCAGCCUGAGUGGCUCAGUCAUCUACCGUUUUGACCGCCGGGCCAUGGACCACCGUAAGAACCCCACGCGCAGCCUGGACAUGGCUCUGCUGGUGGGUGCCGCCCUGGGCCAGUACGCCAUCUCCUACUACUCUAUCGUGGCUGCAGUGGCGGGCACACCCAGGGAGCUGCUGGCGGGGCUCAGCCUGGCCCACGCUCUGCUCAUGAUCGCCCAGCACACCUUCCAGAACGUUUUCAUCAUUGAGAGCCUCCACCGGGUUCCCCCCGGGGCUGAGCCUCAUGGUACUCCCCCCAAGGAGCCCUGCCACGGCCUCACCUUUGCCAGCCUGGACACCCUCCACACCUUGCCUGCCUGCCCACCCACACCCAGGCUGGUUGGCCCCAGCCCAGCAGGACCUCAGGGAGCAGUGAGCAUCACCUUGGCCCCCAGGGGCCACUGGAGAUACCGGUGCUUGAAGGACAUUUCUCUGUUUCUCCUGCUCUGCAACAUCAUCCUGUGGAUCAUGCCCGCCUUCGGGGCCCGCCCCCACUUCAGCAACACCGUGGAGGUGGACUUCUAUGGCUACUCCCUCUGGGCAGCCAUCGUCAACAUCUGCCUGCCCUUCGGCAUCUUCUACCGCAUGCAUGCUGCCUCCAGCCUGCUGGAGGUCUACAUGCUGUCCUGAAGCCCCACUAGAGCCAUGGGGAGGAGGGGCUCAGCUCAUGCACCCACCCAGAGAGCCCCGGGGAAUGAAUCCCAGACCGGCAGUCACUAGGCCACAUAACUACCCAUUCCCCCGCCGGCCUCAGAGUGGAAUUUUCACAAAAGUUAUUUUUCCAGGAUGAGUUUUUAAAUCACAAUCAGGACAUGCAUAUCCCUGGGGCAUGGGGCAAGCGGGGGGAGGAGGACCUCUCCCUGCACCCUUUCUAGGACCAGGCAAGAUCUGGAAGUGUCCUAGCCUCUAGCUCCACCCCUACCCCCGCCCCGUGUCCUGGCCAAUGCUG